AGUACCUACUUGGCCUACGUUCAGAUACUGCCACUCCUGAUUCUCUUCGGUCUGUCCUUCUUCAGCAACCUGUUUGUAAAGGAUGCUCCUUUCAGUCUUUCGCGCACCACUAAGUACCCGGUGGAGCGAGUGACCGCCCAACAUAACAUCAACUAUUACGUCAAGCCAACCUUUUCGGAGGAUUUCGACGGUAACCUCGCCCACAUGGAGUCCCAGGUUGAGGAACAGUAUGUCUACUACCUGCGUGAUCGAUGUUUCAAGGAACAGAACCAGAAAGAAGCACUGAUGCACCGAGCGAGAUAUCUGCGCGAUAAUGAAGCCUUUAAAAAAGCCCAGAAUUAUCCCACGCCCAGCUGCGCUCGAUUAACAGCAAUGUACGGCUGA